UUAAAUUGCUCCCCCAACCAGACGCAGCCUUCCAUCCGAGAAACCGGACAGAAGACGUAAUUAUUGGACUGUCCGGGCGGAAACCGGACACCUGGUAGAUCUUGGCUUAUCGUGACAUCUAAAAAGGGAUCUUGGGUGGAAAAAGGUUCUAUCCUGGUUUCUUUCGUUGGCAGCCGCGUGCACCAGGUCGCGAAGCUGUACUUGUACGCCCCCUCCGCCGGCCUUUUCACCUGCCCGCUCGCCAUGACGGACGGAGCGGCUAAAGUCAUUGAGUCUCUGGGUAUUUCCGGGUUCCUGGCCGACGCGUUUGGCCGCCUGACGUCCCGGGACCCCGGCACGUUCUGGACGUCUGGCCAGUGGAUGACGGAACGCAGAGGCGGCUCUGAUGUCGCCAGUGGCACAGAAACAGUGGCCAGGGAGCAGCCCGAUGGCACGUAUUCCCUCUCCGGCUUCAAGUGGUUCACCUCGGCCACGGACUCCGACGUGUCGCUGACCCUGGCAAGGAUCGUGGAUGCUCAGGGGCGUGUGGAAGAGGGCUCCCGGGGCCUGUCCCUCUUCUACCUAGAGGUCCGAGAUCAGGAGGGGAAGCUGAACGGCAUUGAAGUGCAACGGCUCAAGGAGAAGCUGGGGACGAGGCAGGUGCCGACAGCUGAACUACUGCUGGACGGAUGCAAGGCACACCGGAUCUCUGCCGAGGGCCGGGGCGUGGCUUCCAUUGCCGACAUGCUGACCAUCACGAGGCUGCACAACGUCAUCUCUGCGGUGGCCGGCAUGAGGAGGGUGAUCAGCCUGGCCAGGGAGUACGCCGGCAAGCGGCUCGCCUUUGGGAAACUCCUCAAGGACCACCCCCUGCACAUGCAGACCUUGGCCCGGCUGGAGGUGGAAACCCGAGGGGCCUUUCUCUUGCUCAUGGAGACGGCCAGGCUGCUGGGCUUAGAGGAAACCAAGCUGGCCAGCGAACGGGACCUGCAUCUUCUCCGGCUGCUCAUGCCGGUCGCGAAGCUCUACACGGGAAAGCAGGCCGUCGCCGUCAUUUCGGAGGGGCUGGAGAGUUUCGGAGGGCAGGGCUACAUGGAGGACACGGGCUUGCCGGUUGCCCUUCGAGACGCCCAGGUGCUGACCAUCUGGGAGGGAACCACCAAUGUCCUGGCCCUGGACGUGCUGCGCUCGCUCUCGAAGAGCGAAGGCCGGGUACUUGACGCCUACUGCUCUGUGGUGCAGCUGAACGUUGACGUGCUACAGCUUGGGAACUAUACUGUGCGAAAGAGAAACGCUACUCGAUUUAAACACGACAAGCACAGAAACCGAUUCUUUACCACGUGCCGUCUUUCUUUAAACUUCCCUAAUUGCGUAGCUUAGGUUUAACCCAGUGCUACGUUGUGUUUGGGACUGGGGAUUUUUGGUUGUGUGUUUCCGGUUCCAAAUGUGGCGCGUAGCUGACCAAUCAUGCCACAGAGCGGGUGUAACUGUAACGUGGCAUAUGCAUCGAUCUACAUAUUUUAGAAAUGUGCCAUCUGUCUGUCCGGGAGCAUGUUUGUUCAAGAACACCGCCUACAUGGUAAGAGCUGGACCACCGAAUUUGGUGGGCCGCUUCCUUUUCUCACGUAAAGCAAGGUCAGGAUUUGGUUGUGCCAGGACAGUGGGAUGGGCCUGCAAUCCGACUGAUUUCCAUCACGCGGAAAGGGAGGGGGCUGAUAGAAGGGCCAGUUGUACUGCAGAGUGACCGCUGGUGGCCGCACCCGGAUCAAAGCAACCGGUGGGUGGGCAGGCUGGUCGCCUAUGUGGGGGGGACUGGACAACCCGCCCUCAGCCUCAGCAGCUGUCCACCGGGGAGGAGCCAACCGUUGCCGCCCCCGAUGGCCCAGCUCAGCUCCUUAUCCUGAGCCCCCCUGAAUCCUGCAACUGCUUCUCCCACAAGGACCCGGCAUCCUUUCUUCUACUAUAUUUUGAGACACCUCUGUGCAGUGUUUCUUAAACUGUGUUCCAUGGCGCACUGGUAUGCUGCGGAGAACAACAG